AUGAAAAGCGUUCCUUCCGGUGUGCUGGCUCCGAAAAGCUUGGCGACAAAACCUGUGAAACCGUUGCAGAAGUCAGUUUUUCCGUCGACCUCUUCUUCGUCUUCUUCAAUCGGCAGUGCACCCAUGGGACCAAGUCUCAAUGCUGGAGCUCGUCCUCCAUUGGAUGAAUCGUGGCGUGACUUCUGCGAAAUGACUACAGUUGACUUCGCAACAUACGCUACAUCAAUACAAGAGGCAGUUGAACAAGGGAAGAUGAAUAAGUUGGCCCGGUUGCUCACCGCUGCAUUUCGUACCUUUAUCGAUAAGAAAUGUGACCAGAACAAGUUCAAUAUUGAGUACCAGCUGCUCACCAUUGCUGCUCUCACAAUCAAGGAAUACCACGAGAAGAUACAGCAUGUUGCUUUGCAAAAAUGUUUGUUGAAUUUGAUGUGCCGCAUGAAGCCGAUGUCACCCGAGAGACAAGGCCUGAUUUCUGCACUAGCAGUCACCUUGGCAAGUGGUCAGCCGAUAUGGGACCCCUAUUAUGUGACAGCGUACCUGCACGACUCCUUAGGGGAUCGGAAUUGGGUGUCGAAGCCGAGCUCUUCAUUUAUAGCUACUCAGAUUGUAAAAGGAUUCGGUACGAUUUAUCCAACGAAGGAAAUGUUUACUGCUUGUAAUCUCGAAAUGGACCUGGAUUUUAUUCCGGAAGGCCUUGCGCUUGCUACGGACCGCUUUCCGUCCACAACAACUAAAGAAGAAAUCGCCACAAUCGCCCUUAAUGCAUUGACGCCUUGGUGGGAGAUGCGAGCGGACACAACCCCAGCGCUUUUCUUGCGUGCAAUAGCCCCUCUCAUGGCUCUUCCAGAAGUCCGAUUCAACGUAGUAAAGCGAAUUGAUGGAUGGCUUCAACACGUGAAGCUUCAACGCUUAGCCCUGCAACUUCUGAUUCUCGUGGGCUUGAACUAUGGCAAUGCUUCCGAUUCUCCUCAAGAGAAGUCUGUCUUAGCUCGAUUACUGCAGAUGAGGAUGUUGAAGAAUAAAAAUGUAACCACUGUGUUCACAGUGGCUUUGCGUGAGAUGUUGGUUCGUAAAAGCGACUGCAAUAUGCGUACCGCUAUCAGGUUGCUUCUAGAGAAUGAGUUUGGCCAUGUGAUGUCAAGACAUCCUCACAACGUUUCGAUACUUAUCAGCAUGUUUGGAUUUGAUCGAACGAGAGCUGCGGAAGUCCUUGGAGAGGAGAUUUCCGAGAUGAUUAUGGCACGCGAAGAUUACUGCAAACCUGUGCGAUUACUGCUCCGAGAAGUGAUUCGGUUCUUCCAUCGGAACGAGUUCCCGUUUUAUACCUUGGCCAAUAGUUACCUUUCCACUAUAGUGGAUGAAGUGGCCAAGAGUGAGCAUGGUAUCUCCAAAUGGUUACAAGGAGUCCGACACAUAUUUCCAUCUGCCAGAGAAUAUCUGCAGGCCUAUCAUAAGCUGUUGUUUAUGGAGAGGCCAGAAGUGUACUGCGCCUUGGAACAAGGUCCAACUGAAGCGGAAUACAUGACCUGCUUUAAGGUUAUUUGUGAGUGCAGGCUGAAGGAAACUGUAUUGAGAAUGAUUCUCGGUGACCACAUCACAAUGCUGGACAAUCAAGAAGCAAUACGUCUCAUUGAAGGUUUGACAAAGAGAGCUGUAGAAAAUCGUGUGGCGGCAGGAAAGGUUGGCGACGAAAUGGAGAAGAUUUAUAGCACUUACCCACAACUGCGUUUGUUUAUUCACAUGGUUCUCGUUAAGUCUUUUCGUUUUCCGUUAGAAUUUGAAGGAAAAACACCGGAGGAAUGGGAAACUGUAGAGACAGAGACCGCCGAACGGGGAGAAAGAGAAUCUCUGCUAAUAAUAAGCACUGCCGUUUUGGUUAUGGAAUCUUUCUUUUCAAAAUGCAGCAUUGACGAAGAAAAUUCGAAGUUGUUGGGGACGGUCUGCUUCAAUCAACCACGAGGGCUGCCACGACGGCCACCUGAACCGGUCAUCCGAAAGCUAGAGGUUCUAGCAGUGGACUGUGGCAUGGCUUCGAGACUAUGUGAAUGUAGGCAGCCUGAUAUGGUUGACCAGCUUAUUCGUAAUGUUGGUCCAUCGAAGGCCAUGCCAGGCAAUACAACUAUAACAACUGUUGGUAUUUUCAAGGAACUUUUUGCAACCAAUUCGUCUGCUAUUGAAGCGAUGCCAGCAUCAACUUUAUGUCAGUACCUUCACUACGAUCUGCAGCGGCGAAAAGUAGCCAAAGUGGACGAAGGAAGCGCAGUUCACACGAUAGUGACGCGUGUACGGGCAGCUUUUGCCAAUGCUUCCGUGCAGGAUGACUGUGUGAGCGCCGUUCAGUUCCUCCUCGACAAACGAACGGCUUUUAACGUCCGCGAGCGCCUUGGUGCUAAGCUUGUGUUGACUGUUUUAUUUACGGAUCCGAACGAAACUAUGGAUUUGGACCAAACUGUCGAAGGUGUAUGGAUGCGCGGCUUACAAACGUCGCCCUUCUAUUCGAGAAUAGCGUCAUCAAUGGUUACGCAGCUGGCUCGUGCGGCACUUGAUUCAGAAGGCGUGCAACUGGAUCUCUUGCUUUCAGCUAUAAAAUCUCAAAUGGACAAGGAGAACAUGCACCAGUUAUCAAUUCUUCUCGCUGUUUUGGUGGAAAACUUUGGCAAGGCGUCUCCGGCGAAGGCCGAGCCCUUGCUGGAUGUGUAUCUACGUAGAUGCGCACAGUACAUAUGUUGGUUUACAUACAUCCGAGUUAAGGUUUGGUUGCCUGAAAAUGCUCCGAUGCCGAAAGUGAUGUGUGACGGCGAGGAGGUGGAUUUACUGACGUCCAAACUGCGAGCGUUCAUGCUGCAGUUUGACCAUGGGAAAAUCGUGAAGAUCGCUAUGCAGAAUUUGGACCCAACACUGGCCCUAAAAGUGGCUUGUGAGAUGAGCGCUAUGAGACCGGAGCAUGCCUCACAGCUUUUAAAAAUCGCUUGCGAGACAGGCACACUCACUCGAUCGGAUCUCAUGUCGUUGGAUAAAACAGCCAGAGUGAUGCUGAAUAUUCACAGCAUCAAUGGUAUCCAUCAUGCUCAACAAGUACUGAAUCUGCUUGACGAGAUUCAGAAGACUGGCGAAGAGAAAAUGGAAGUGAACACCUUCUAUCAAAUUUCGCCAAGAAAAGCUACCGAGAUCAUCGAGCCGCCGCCCGCAAAGCCAAUGACGCGUGCAGAAAUGGUUCAGCAUUUGAAGGCAGCUACGGUAACUACCCUAGAGCUACGGUCUCUAUCAACAGUGUCAUUUCGGAUUGUGCAAAGUUCUUAUCCUAGGUACCUAAUGCGCCCUUUGUUCUUGGCUUGGAAUAUUUGGCGCGAUACGCAACGAGCUGAAGAUGUCGCCAUGGCAGUAGUGGAGCAUCUCGAAGGAAAUUUGAAGUUCUUCCUUGGCGACCGUGAAGCAUUCAAUUUGAUCUUCGCAGUGCUGGGGCCAUGCGCGAAGAAGGUAGUUCACUCAGGAGCUGACCGAAGAAGAAAUUCUCGAAGCGCUCCACUCGAAAGUAAUUCCUGUAGGCCGCUUCUAAAUAAAUUCUUGCAACGGCGCGUGGAGAUUUUCAAGAGAAGUGCAACUCCAGCGGAAUUCGACGCACAGAUGAUGGCCAUAUUUGGCGAUUCUGGCAUAGAAGAAUUGGUAGCACAGAUGCCUCUUCGAAGUCCGUUAAAGACAAUUGAGACAGUGUUCCUCAGAUUACUGUCAUCUUUCAAUACAAAGUUGGCCGGGUGGAUCCACUCAAUCGCGGACUUAGUGGGUGCUGUAGCGAAAUCGGACGUAGUGGGUGCAGUACGAACUCUAGCACAACUAGUGGAGACUUAUCCAAAAGUAAUGAUUAGGAAUUUCGGCACCAUGGCGCAACAGAUUCCGCUGCUAACAAGGAUGCCGGCCGCUUUGCGAAAGGCAAAGGAAGUGUUCAACGAUCGAUCAGAUGUGAUCAAUGCGCUCCUACAGAAACUUCCUCCGGGAAAUUUAAAUGCGCAAAUGAUGCAAGAGCUGUUACCGCAGAGCUGUUAA